GCCAACAAGAUGCCAGGACUCGACGAGACCAACAACGAAAGCUACAAGUACUUAAGAAGCGUGGGUAACACCUGGCAGUACAAUGUCGAGGACCUUCACCCCAAGAUGUUGUCCCGACUCUACAAGAGGUUUGACACUUUCGAUCUGGACAGUGACGAGAGGAUGGAGAUGGAUGAAGUCCUGUACUGGCCCGACAGAAUGAGACAGCUGGUCAACGCUACUGAUGAGCAGGUUGAGAAGAUGAGGCAUGCAUGCAAGACUUUCUUCUGGCAUAAAGGAGUAGACCUAGAGCACGGUCUCCAUCGAGAUGACUGGGUUGAGGCUAACAGAGUCUUCGCUGAAGCGGAGAGAGAAAGGGGACGACGUGGAGAACCCUCCUUAAUUGCCCUCCUCUCUAACUCUUACUACGAUGUCCUGGAUGAUGAUGGUGAUGGUACUGUCGAUGUCGAUGAGCUGAAGACCAUGAUGAAAGCCUUUGAUGUACCCCAGGAGGCUGCAUACACCUUCUUCGAGAAAGCUGAUACUGACAAGAGUGGAAAGCUGGAGCGAAAUGAGCUGGUCCAUCUCUUCAGAAAGUUCUGGAUGGAACCAUACGAUCCUCAGUGGGACGGUGUUUAUGCUUUCAAAUAUUAAAUAGUA